GAUUUAAUACUGGAGAAGUGUGAUGGGACUGAAUGAAAUCAUGGCAUCAAAUAUCUGUGGAAACUGUUUAUCAAAAUUAGUUCCAACAUGGAGUCCAUUUUUAAUGCAAGUACGAGGAAUGAAAUCAGUCAACACACGCGUAAAAAGACCCAUGCACAUCACAAGGGCCAAGUUAAUGGAACUCACCAAGUACAAAAGACCCAAAGAUUUGCGGUCGAUGGCAGAGCAAUGCUCCAUGCGUUAUAAAGGAGAGAGAAUUCAGGAGGAGAAUCCAGUACAGACGUUCAUGGCCAAGCAAUGCAGAGAGCAGUUGACCAACAAACCUUUCAUCGCAGUCUUCAACCGAGAGGGACUAGGCAUGGAUGAAUUGUCUGCGCUAAGGAGAAGGCUGAAGAAGGCCGACAUCUCGAUCAAGUUAUACGGGAACGAUGUGACCAGAGAGGCUUUUCUUGGCACUAAACUUGAAAACAUGAUGCCGUUGUUCGUUGGGGAGAACAUCUAUGCCGUGGGUGAGAAACCAGCAGUGAAGGAGUUGCUCAAAGCGACCAAGAAAUUGGACAAACUACAACUACUCGGUGGACUGGUUGACAACAGACUUAUGUCGGCCAAACAGAUGAAAGAUUACUCUAAGUUACCAGAUAUUGGGACACUCCAAGGUCAACUUGCCGGCAUCCUGAGCCAAUCUGUGGGCUCUACGUAUAACUUACUCCAGAGGAAUCAAGAGGCCUUGGUGGCCAAUCUCGGACAGUGGAUGAAACAGAGAGAGGGGACCAGCGUAUGACCUAGGAAUAUACAGUUGGUCGGCUACCGUUAUACAGAGGUUCUGCUUAUAGAGAGUACAUUCUGAAGUCCCGAAUCUCAUGUCUGCUUUUGUGUUUCUUUGUUUUGCUGUCCUCUUUAUAUAACAAUGUUUCUGAAGAGGUAAUACAUGUAGAUGGAUUGCACAUGACAUCAUUGACCACCAUCUUUGGUGUAAAACAAUGGAAAAAUGCAUGCGUGUACGCGCUGCACACGACCUUAGCCAAUUGUUGCCUUUCACGCGUGCACAUUUCAUCAAAGGUGGCGGCUAAUGUUGGGGGUCCCAGCGACCUUGUUAUACAUGUUGCGUGAUUGGACUGAAUUGAAAGACAAGCAAAAUGACCUUUGGAGGAGAGAUUUGUGUUGGGAUUAUAUUUAGUGACCUGGCUGAUGACAUUUUUCUGUGGAGCGAUGAGUCAACAAACUUCUCGAGUAGUGUUUGGUUUGGAGUAGUGUUGGUUAUGAUAAGAACUAGUCGUUUACCAACUCAACAUUUUGAUCAGUAUGCUCCGAUCGUUUUCAGAAAAAUGCAAUGGGAUUCCUUGUGAAGGCGAACAAAUCAUACUAAUCAAACUUCAAGUUGUCAACCACCACGGUGCACCGGUUCUUAGAACCAACACUACUCAAAAGAGACUACACAUGGUGCUAUCGCAAACUUACCCUAGUUGAACUUCAUGAGAAAAGAUGUGAAAAUCACUCGAUCCCAGUGUAUCUUUUAACUCUUUAUUUUAUUUAUAUCUUUGCAAUGACUAUACACUUCCAUGGUGAAAGCUGUGAAAUAAAGCAAAUAUCUAAAAUGCUUAUCUGCAUUUGUUUCCAAUUGACACCCAGAAAAUACAAGACAGACAAAAUAAUGUACAAGCAGAGCAAAACUUAUGUCUUUAUCAAAUUAAUGCAAAUUUGUAAUUUUUACAUGUUAUCAAAUAGUCGUUUGAGAGUUAAUUUUUAUAUAUGCUAUGGAGUUAAUAUUUCAACUAUUUAAUAGUUGGCUAGCAACGAAUAAACCAUAAACAUUAAGUCAC